AUGACCAAGCAGAGGCGGAAGCAAACUCAACCAGCAGACGGACGAGCGCCCACUAAGGCCAGGGCGUGCAGCCUUCUGGAAAUGAACGAAGCCAAUGGUUCUAGCGAGCUUCUAGACAAAGACCAGUUCCUUGGAAGACUGAGGACUCUCUUUGAAACGACAAAUAAAGAUAAGAAGAACUCUGUGUGGAUGACUCACAAACGCUUGACAUAUGGAGGCGGUGACACGAACAUGACGGGUCCCGCAGAUGAACCUGAUUCGAAUGAGUAUGCUUGCAUUAUCAAAGCAACGAAUGGGAAAGGUGCCAAAAUAUCUACUCAGGUUAAGCCAAGCGAGUUGGACAGUUUUUACGUUGCCUAUGGCUCUCUCCUAAAAGCAUCAAUGCCAAGUCUCAAAAAGCGCGAUAAGAAGAAAGAAAAGGCUCGUCACGAGCAAACCCUUCUUCGUCGGAAAAGGCUCGAAGAGGAUGUCAUUCUGGCUGGUCCAAAACGGGGAAAGGGUCGCCGGCAGUACCAGCGCAAACUGAAGGCAGUCAUCACUCAAACGCAGAUUCGCAGUAGGAUAGCCGAACGGGAAAAAGACAGAGCAGAGCAACGGACAGCGUGA